AUGUCUGCCAAGCUUGCUACUGCUGAAGGUAUGCUGGGCUGCGCCGCUGAUGGUGGAAGGGAAGAUGAGGCAUAUGUCUUCGUCACUAAGGCCCGUGCAUCCGAGGGCAAACUGGAAAGAGUGGAUAUAGGUGAGAGGAUCAUUCGUGCCAGUGUAGAAGGCAAUACGGAGUGGCUUAAUGUCCUUCUCCUGGUGGUAAUUGAGGAUACGUUCAGUAAAGGGCCCGAGUCGUGGCUUCGCCCCAGAGGGGUUGGUGGCUUAAUGUCAUUCUCCAGACGCCAAACUUUCUCAAAGAGAAGCCUCAUGGCCGGGUCGGCAUGA